UUCUUUCGUUCUCUACGAACAACUACCAACUCUGGCAAAUUGAUUUUACAAUGUCCGGAGGUCAUAUUCCGAAUGAUUCUGAUGUGGCCCGAUGAAAAAGAUCACACCAUUUUGAAGCUUUCUUGUACGGUAUUAAUCGGAGCCAGUAUUUUCGUUUUUUAUGGUGAAUUUAUGUACAUAUUAAAACAUGUAAACGAAUUCGAUAAACUGUUUUAUGGACUGUUCAUGCUUGUUGUGCCUGUAUUGACAAUUUCAAAAUUACCUGUUGUGGCUUAUAAAUGUAAAGAAUUGAAACAUUUGUUGGACAUGAUUUCGGCCAAUUUCUGGCCUAGCGAUAUGUUGGACAAAACCAAUAACAACUCUUUUAAUGGUUUGUAUAAAGCUGGAUAUGUCUUUAUGAUAAUUAUGUUUACCACAGGUCAGAUAUUUACGAUAGUUAUCAUCGUGCAGCCGGUAUUUUUUUCAGAACGAACUUUACCAUUUCCUUGUGUCCUGCCAGUUGAUUGGUCUAAUACGUACAUGUAUAUACCUAUAUACAUCAUACAUGUAAUAGUUAUGCAGCUGGCUGUGUGUCUUGGUGUUAUAGGGACAGAUUACUUACUCCUUGCCAUCUGCAUCUAUACGGCCAAUCAGUAUUAUCUACUCCAGAGAUGUUUUCUCGUAUUUAAUACCAGUGAAAUGAAAGAAGUUAAUCAGGAGUUAACAAUAUUAAGUAAAGACAGUAUGGAGCAGUAUAGUAAUUGCUUAGAAAAGGAGUAUCUUCUUAGAUGUGUCAAGCAUCACACUAUGCUUGUUAGGUUCACCAAAGAUUUCAAUAAAACGUUUAACCCUCUAGAAAUCGGCCAACUAAUAAACAGUGUUUGGGGCGUAUGUCUUGGGACGUUUAUCUUGUCCAGAGAUGACGUCUCCAUCUACCAAACGGCUGCAGCAAUAAUAUACUCUAGUGGAUUCGUUAUGCAACUGGGCAUCGAUUGUGUCAUGGGCAACGAAAUGUGGUAUCAGGCAAGUUUAAUACCAGAUUGCUUGUUCCAAAGUAACUGGAAAUCACUGGAAAAAGAAGAAAUAAAGAAAGACGUUUUGUUCAUUUUACAAAAUACUCAAAGAUUUCCUCAGUUCACUGCUUAUGGUCUUUAUGAUAUGAACAUGACUUCUUUUAUUAAGGUUCUAAAAGUGGCAUUUUCUGCUUACACAUUUCUUACUAACGUAUCAAAUACACAAAAAAAAUAAUUUUGGUGAUAUGGAUCUGUCUUUGUCAAGCGUUCAUUAAAAAAUAAAUAUUUACUAUUAGAGCCAACUAGUUUUUUUCUUUAUCUAAGUUGAUUUAUUCUAUGAGUCACAUAUAAAUAGGAAGAACAUGAAUGAAGGUUUAGUUUCGAAGGUCAAGAGAAUUUGCAAAUUGUUUUAUAUAAUGUAAAAUAAACACAGACAAUGAAGUCUCAUUUCAGAAGCCACGGUGUAUCACUUGGUACCACAAUCUCUAUCAUCAAAUAAUGCUAUCUAU